AUGUUGAGCCCCUCAGUCGUCGCUCUGGUCGCCUUGGUGAUGACGUACCUUGGGAUACUAUUCUCGCGCUUCGCUCGACUUCGACAUAUCCCAGGACCAAAGCUGGCCGCGGUGACCGACCUGUGGGCGGCUAUCAGGACUUGGCGUGGCGAGCGAUACCAUGAGUACAUUCAAGACUUGCACAGCAAAUACGGUCCUGUGGUACGCUGGGGACCGAACCGAGUGUCCUUCUCAGAGCCAGCUGCGAUCCCAGCAAUCUACGGGACAAGCCAUGUCUUUCUCAAGGCGCGUCGAUCCCUUAGAUGAUUGAUACUGAUACUCAGAAGAGACUGACCGAGCCACAGGCAGCUUCGUACAAGCCUAUGACCGUGAUGUCGCAUGGCCAAGAGAUUCCAACGCUCGUUACCAUUCGUGACGAGAAGCGAAUCACGGGCAUCAAGAAACACAUCGCUGCAGGCUUCUCUCAAAGCACCUGGCUAAGUCAAGAGUCUCAGAUCGACUCAACCAUCGGCCUCUUAAUCGAACGCCUAGACCAAAUGCCUCGACAGACCGUUCGCUUGGACAAUUGGAUGCGUUUCUGGCAGUUUGAUACCCUGACGAAACUCUCCUUUGGCGAGAGCAGAGGCUACCUCUCUGCGGGAGCAGACCUCGACGAGAUCUUCCCGGCUUCUAUGGCAAGAUUCGCCCAUUGGGAAAAGUGGGCUUCCAUGCCAUCUUUGGAAGCUUUCAUCUGCAAGAAUCCAAUCUCGCAGAAAUUACAAAAGUCAACUGGUACUUUGGUGAAAGUAGCAAUGCGACAGAUUCAAAUUCGACAAUCUGGUGAUAAACAUACCGCUGGAAACGACCUCAUGGGGAGAUACCUUGCCGCAAGCCAAGCAGCACCUGAUGUCAUUGCCAUGAAUGAUGUUCUCGCCUUGACGAUUUCAACGAUCCAUGCCGGUUCUGAGACUACAGCCACAGCAUCGACAAUGAUGAUGGCAGAUUCAUUGCAGAAUCCUCACGCGUAUGAGAAAUUGGAGAGAGAGAUUCUCGAAGCGAAUCUCUCUAUCCCCGCUGAGUUUAAGGCUGUCGACAAGCUGCCAUAUUUGGAUGCUGUUACGAGGGAGUCUAUGUACGUCCAUGUGCCGAGGGCAGGAAGAAAACAGCACGAUGGCUAACUGAUUUCUCAGGCGUCUAUUCAUCAACCCGCACUGCACCGAACGUACAGUCCCGUCAGAAGGCGCAACAAUCUGUGGCAACUGGUACGUGGUACUCGAACCGCAAUGUCGAAAUUCUCGUAGCGUGCAGGACUAAUUUAUACUCUCAGGGUUCCUGGCGGAACAGAUGUCUCAAUCGCCGAAGUCCUCACCGCACGCGAUCCCGAAGUCUUUGGCGCCGACACCAAUGCCUUCCGACCGGAGAGGUGGCUUGAAGCCGACGAAAAUCAAUGGAGAGAGAUGGAUCGAUCGUCUUUCGGCUUCUCGUAUGGACGGCGAGUAUGCAUUGGACAACAUCUGGCCAGAAUCGAGAUGAAGAAAGUUGUCGCUGCUCUUGUCGGAUCUUUCAAGGUGCGCAAAGAAUGGUUUUUGUUCUCUUCCCUACCACGAUGCUGACUAUAAUACAGUUUACUCUUGUUGGCAAGCCUGUGCGAGGCUUCCGUGUCGAAGCAGAAGUUCGGGUUGAACCAAGAAUGUGA